CACAGUUGUGCUAAUGACGUCACUGGCUUAGACGGGCCCCCGGCAACGUCAUCAUCCUCUCUUUUGGGAGAGAACUACCACCAUUGGAAGUGGUAGUGUCUCCCCCGCCUUGAAACUCUGCCCCAAAGAAACAGAGGCAGAGAGAGAGAGAGCGCUGCUAUUUAUGCUUACUCACAACCCAAGAAGUAAUCACCGCUGCUUUGGACGCCGCCAACGUUUUUGCGGCAGCGUUGAGCUGAUUAUGAGCUUUCUGCUUUUGGCAUUUUAGUACCCAGCGAUUGGUAAAAGAGGACGCAUGUGCAGACAACGGAGCGGAUACGCAACGUGAACGUGAACGAAGACAUCAAGUACGAGCAUUAAGGUUUACCCCAGUUAGGCAUCCGAUAAUCCGUGAAUCAGAGAGACCAUCGUCGUCAUUAGGGCAACCAAUUAGCCAAGUCAGUGAUUGUGAUAAUGCUUAAAGGUGUUCCCACGCUAGCCGGUCGAAACCUUCGUCUCCUGACGACCCAGGCACAGGUGCUGCUCCAUCAACGCGCCAAGGCGUCCGCCGUCGAGCCCGUCGAGGAUUUCGACCAAGAGACAGAUCUCUUGAAGCGCGCCAAGUUUGGACACACGGGUAAACAGCUGCAGCAGAAAAUUAUCAAUGAGAAAAAACUGCGCGCUCCACCGCUUAUGAACUUGGUGUUUGCCAAUCGGAAGUUGUCCUUCUACGAUACCAGUUCCACGCCCAAGACCAAAGAGGAUAAUGCCAAGCUCCAUCGCGAGCAGGAGCAGCGAAAUGCGGAGGAUGUGCUAUUCGACAUGUUCGCCAGCGAGGAGACGGGCCUCAUCUCGAUGGGCAAGUUCCUGGCCGGGCUAAAGACCACCGGUAUUCGCCGGAACGAUCCGCGAGUGCGAGAACUGAUGGACAACUUGAAGAAAGUGCACAAGCUGAAUAACUACGAGACGGGUUCUUCGGCGGAAACUCAGCAUCUCAAUCGGGAGACCUUUAAGGCUGUGGUGGCCCCCAAUAUUGUGCUGAUUGCCAAGGCCUUCCGGCAGCAAUUCGUGAUCCCCGACUUUACGAGUUUCGUCAAGGACAUCGAGGACAUUUACAAUCGCUGCAAGACCAACACUUUGGGCAAGUUGGCCGACUACAUUCCCCAGCUGGCUCGCUAUAAUCCCGAUUCCUGGGGCCUGAGCAUCUGCACCAUUGAUGGUCAGCGCUUCUCCAUCGGCGAUGUGGAUGUGCCCUUCACACUCCAGAGUUGCAGCAAGCCACUGACCUACGCCAUUGCCCUGGAGAAACUGGGUCCCAAGGUCGUGCACUCGUAUGUGGGCCAGGAGCCUAGUGGCAGGAACUUUAACGAACUUGUCCUAGAUCAGAACAAAAAGCCACACAAUCCGAUGAUCAACGCUGGUGCCAUUCUGACCUGCUCCCUGAUGAACGCCCUGGUCAAGCCGGACAUGACCUCCGCUGAGAUCUUCGACUACACCAUGUCCUGGUUCAAGCGGCUGUCCGGCGGAGAGUAUAUCGGCUUUAAUAACGCCGUAUUCCUGUCCGAACGCGAGGCUGCCGAUAGGAACUACGCCCUGGGCUUCUACAUGCGGGAGAACAAGUGCUUCCCCAAGCGCACCAAUCUUAAGGAGGUGAUGGACUUCUACUUCCAGUGCUGCUCCAUGGAGACCAACUGCGAGGCAAUGUCCGUGAUCGCGGCCAGUUUGGCCAAUGGUGGCAUCUGCCCCACCACCGAGGAGAAGGUGUUCCGGCCGGAGGUAAUCCGGGAUGUGCUCUCGAUCAUGCACUCAUGCGGCACAUACGACUACUCCGGACAGUUCGCCUUCAAGGUGGGUCUGCCAGCCAAGUCUGGAGUGAGUGGCGGCAUGAUGCUGGUCAUCCCCAACGUAAUGGGCAUCUUUGCCUGGUCCCCGCCCUUGGAUCACUUGGGUAAUACAGUGAGAGGACUACAGUUUUGUGAGGAGCUGGUCUCCAUGUUCAAUUUCCAUCGCUACGACAACCUGAAGCAUCUGUCCAACAAGAAGGAUCCGCGGAAGCACCGCUACGAGACCAAGGGUCUGUCCAUCGUGAAUCUGCUCUUUUCAGCUGCCAGCGGCGAUGUUACGGCCUUGCGGCGUCAUCGUCUCUCCGGAAUGGAUAUCACCCUGGCCGACUACGAUGGUCGCACUGCCCUCCAUUUGGCUGCCUCCGAGGGACACCUGGAGUGCGUCAAGUUCCUGCUGGAACAGUGUCAUGUACCCCACAACCCCAAGGAUCGCUGGGGAAAUCUGCCCGUGGAUGAGGCAGAGAACUUCGGCCACAGCCACGUGGUGGAGUUCCUCCGCUCCUGGUCGGAGAAGGCCGACCAGUCCAGCGAGGAGUGCAAACCAGAAGCGGUGACCAGCAAGACACAAGCGGAUGAGGUCAGUUCAAGUUCAAAUUCAAGUUCAAGUCCAGGUUCAAGUCCAGGUUCAAGUCCAUGUGCAAGUUUGUCGACGGAGGACCUUUUGGGGCAAAAUUCAAGGAUUCUAAAUGACUUUCUCAAGCUGAAUUCCAAUUUCACCUUCCAGGAAAUCUGCAGCACAAGCGACCUGGAGACCAGUCCGACAACCAGUCCCAUUCCCACUCCCGUGGAAUCCGGAUCCAGGGCAGGAUCAGGACGUUCCAGCCCGGUGCCAUCGGAUGCGGGCAGCACGGCGAGCGCCGGCAGCAGCAUCGAUGACAAAACCAAGCCGGGACUAUAAGCGUACAGAGAUCCAGGAUCCCAGCAGAAUCUCUCUGACUAAAUUAUUCGCACAACAUUUUAGUUUAUAUAUGAUGUAUUAGAUUAAAGUUAAGAGUACCCGAAAUACCAUCAGUCCACGCUGCUUGGUUAGUCCUAUAUAAUUUGUAGUAGUCAUCCCACGUGCAAGUCGUGGUCCUUCGAGGCGGAUCCACUGCACGAGCGGCAUUUGUACUUGUACUUGGUAGCGCUUAGUUAGCCACAAGAAUUCCAUGUUAUCCUACGAAACAAUGACAAUAAUCUUUACGGAUAUCUAACUUACCCACACAACUGGGGUCUGUGACCCGCCUACAUGUAUUGCAUUCGUACUUGUCAAUUGAUAUUUGUAUGCGUUUGAAUGUGUAUUAAAAAUCCCGUUUGAAAAGAUCAUA